CAGCGCCCUGCCUCCCGCCCUCACGGCCCCUCACUGCCCCCAGCUGCCUUCUCUCCCAUCCCAGAGACAGGCGAGGCGGACAAUGGGCUCCCGCUGUGCCAAGCUCAGCACAGGCCACAGCUCGGGCCACGGCACGGGCCACGGCACGGGCCACCGGAAAGGCCAUGAAUCCUCCAUGAAGAAGCUCGUGGCCUGUGUGAGUCAGGAUAACUUCUCCCUGUCGUCGGAGGGCGAGGAAGAUGAGGAGGAGGAGGAGGAAGAGGAGGAGGAGGAAGAGGAGGAGGAGGAGGAGCUCCCGGUUCAGGGCAAGCUGCUACUGAUGGAGUCGGAGCAGCAGGAGGCGGCGGCCGAGGACAGCCCCGUGGCCCAGCAGAGCCCCGAGCCCAAGCAGACGCACUCCUGACCCCCGACGACAGCCCGGGAGGGGGUGUCCGCGCUGUUCCAGCCAGAACUUUCAGAAAAGAGUCAAUAAAAAGUCUCCGAGGAGGCUCCCUCCUCUCUGGUUUCCCCUAA